CGAUGUGGCCAGCACUGGCCUUGUCCUCUACCGGAGCUUCUGACAUCACAGAUCACACGAAAAGCCAGAAGGCAAGGACAGAGGACUAGCCUCUGAAGCAGCUGCCUUCCACUCAUCUUUCCGCCAUCCUUGAUAGCAGUCCUUCCUGCCGACCUCCUCCUCCAAGUCCCAAGAGAAAUGGAGGAUAAUCUACCAGUCAAUGUCCGGGAGUAUCAAGAGCUCGCCAAGAAAGCACUACCAAAGAUGCACUAUGAUUAUAUUAAUGGGGGAGCAGAGGAUGAGUACACACUGAGGGAGAAUAUUGCGGCAUAUGGAAGAAUUCUGUUACGGCCAAGGGUUCUUAUAGAUGUCAGCAAGAUAGACAUGUCUACAACCUUAUUAGGAUAUAAUAUGCCAUCGCCAAUAAUGGUCGCUCCAACAGGAUCACACAAAUUAGCAAAUCCAGAAGGGGAGGUGGCCACAUCGAGAGCAGCAGCAGCAUGUAACACCAUAAUGGUGCUUUCCUUUUCAUCCAGCUGCAAAAUCGAGGAGGUUGCCUCCAGUUGUGACGCCAUUCGCUUUUAUCAGUUAUAUGUGUACAAGAGAAGGGAUGUUUCAGCAACAUUGGUGCGGCGGGCUGAGAGUUUAGGAUUUAAGGCAAUUGUUUUGACAGUUGACACGCCUGUGCUCGGAAGGCGUGAAGCUGACAUCAGAAACAAGAUGAUUGCUCCACGGUUGGAAAACCUUGAGGGUCUGAUGUCAUUUGAUGAUGAUCUUGACACCGAAGGCGGCUCCAAGCUGGAACGAUUCGCACAUGAGACGCUAGAUCCAUCAUUGUCAUGGAAGGACGUGGAGUGGCUCAAAUCCAUUACCAGCCUGCCGAUCCUGCUCAAGGGCAUCGUCACCGCCGAGGACGCCAGGAAGGCCGUGGAGGUUGGUGCGGCCGGCGUGAUCGUGUCCAACCACGGCGCGCGGCAGCUGGACUACGCGCCGGCCACCAUCUCCGCGCUCGAAGAGGUGGUUAAGGCGGUGGCGGGCGCCGUGCCGGUGCUGGUGGACGGCGGGAUCCGGCGGGGCACCGACGUGUUCAAGGCGCUAGCGCUCGGCGCCAAGGCAGUCAUGGUGGGGAGGCCGGUGUUCUACGGGCUGGCGGCGCGAGGGGAGGCCGGGGCGAGGCACGUCAUCGAGAUGCUGAACCGGGAGCUGGAGCUGGCCAUGGCGCUCUGCGGCUGCCGGAGCGUCGGGGAGGUCACCAGGCGGCACGUCCUGACCGAGGGCGACCGGAUCAGGGCGCUGCUGUGAGCUUGUGAACAAGGUUGAUACAUGGAGCCAUGAACGGACGACCUGGCUAUCCAUGGUCGGUAUGCGACGGACUGCCUAGAUGGCAGUCAGUGUCCGUCCUCCGGUGGGUGUUGCAAUGAGAGCCCAUCUGACAUUGAUUGAUCGCUCCAAAAAUAAGUCAAAAAUAAGCCAUUGUGCAUUGCCAAUAUCAAAACGACGGUUACCAAAAAUCUGUGCUGGAUUAAGCUAUAUGUGUUCUGUGAGAACUUGGUCAACGUGUUAGUUCAAAAAAAGAACUUGGUCAACGUAUCUUGGGGUCCACUUCUGGAAUACAUGAGAAUAUUGUGAAGCAAUUAUUUCAAAAAAAAGAAUAUUGUGAAGCAAAAAUAUCAAUAUG